AUGGCAUCUCAGCUCGUGGAGGCCAUUCCCUCUUGGCGGGUCUUUGUGUUCGGUGGCUCAGCCGACCGCAUGGGUGAGGGUCGCACCAUGGGGUCCUUCGACCGGAAACUAGGUGUGCUUGACCUCGGUGACGAACGGAAGUGGCUGACUCCAGUCCCAGAGGAAAAAUCCAAAGCGGAACGGCCUCAUGGGCGAGAACACACCGCCUUGUGCUACGAUGCAGAGGAGAGCAGGCUGAUCAUGUAUGGUGGCUGGGCGAACAAGUGGCUGGACGACUGCUGGCAGAUCAAUGUUGCUUCCAUUGUUGGGCCACCGUAUGCCAUCGUGCAAGUGGAUCCCCCCUUGGGACCUGUGUCCGGCAGUCAGAAAGUGAAGAUCUCCGGCAUUGGCUUCCUUUCUGUUCCGGGAGCAGCUGUGGUACGGUUCAGUGCUGCUGGAGGCCGUUUCAGUGUGGAAGCUCAAGGAACAGUGGUGGAUGAUGAACUGGUCGAAUGCCUUACGCCCAGGGUGGAGGGAAGCAUUGGCCCACGGGAGUGUGAAGUGCGGGUCUCCAUCGGCGUGAAAGACUUCACUACUACAGUGGCGGACUACCAUUACUUCCUGAAUACGAUUCCUGACAUGUCUUUGUGUUAUGGUCCAGGGCUGCUGAUGGACCAGCAAGCAGAAGCGACUACGAGGUUCAUGAUCCAGGCCAGGAACCAGCUGGGCGAGAAUAGAAAGUCCGGAAGGGAUGAGUGGGUGAUCCAGGUCAACCAUGUCUACAUCAACGACAAAGGGAAGGCCUUGUGCUCGAGGAGUGUCAAGGGCAAUGGUCCUCCAGCGAGCACAUGCCAGGAGUCGCUGCGGGAGCUUCCACAUGAGGUAGUCGACUUCGACAAUGGGCAGCCGCUUGCUUAG